GACACGGCCAGAGCACUGAGAGAUAUCAGGUAUUGAUGUAACUGGAGUGAAUAAGGGAACCUUCUUCCUGAGCACAGACAUUGGAGCCUGUUAUCAGCAUGAACUCAUAUGUGUUAGACAAUCACUUGAAUAGUUCAUAUCCAUCCUUCACUAAAGGAAGCAUCAGAAUGAUACCACAAACUCCAAACGUCUUAGACACAAAUGACUAUUCACAAACAUUGGGGAAAUCACAGCAGAUAUUUAAAGAACAUGGUGAAUUGCCAGGAACUGGGCAGAAAUCAUUAUGUACAGAUAGUAAUUUAGUCAUCAAACAAGAGGACAACAUUGAUGCCUUAUCUAGUGAAAUUAUUAUCCCCGAGGAUAAACCACACACAGUUACUGAGUUUAAAGAAGAGAAAAGUCUUAUGUUUAGCCAAAUGAUUAAUACAAAGGAGAAACCUCACACAUUUACAGAAUGUGGGAGAUGUUUAACAUCUAAAGGAAGCCUUAUGUAUCACAGAAAGACCCACACAGGGGAGAAACCUUUCACAUGUAAUGAGUGUGGGAGAUGUUUCACAUCCAAGGCAAAGCUUAUAUCUCAGGAAAAGACCCACACAGUGGAGAAACCUUUAACCUGUACAAAAUGUGGAAAACGUUUUACAAACACGCGUAAUCUGAAAACUCAUGUAAGGAGUCACACAGGAGAAAAGCCAUUCACAUGUACAAAGUGUGGAAAAUGUUUUACACUAAAGUGUAAUCUGAAAACUCAUGAAAGGAUUCACACAGGAGAAAAAGCUUUAACAUGUACAGAGUGUGGAAAAAGUUUUAGACAAAAGAGUGAUCUAGAAACUCAUGAAAGGAUUCACACAGGAGAAAAGCCUUUCACAUGUACAGAGUGUGGGAAAUGUUUUACACAAAAGACUGAUCUAAAAACUCAUGAAAGGAUUCACACAGGAGAAAAACCUUUCACAUGUACAGAGUGUGGAAAAGAAUUUACAGUAAAAAGUAAUAUGAAAACUCAUGAAAGGAUUCACACAGGAGAAAAACCUUUUACAUGUACAGAGUGUGGAAAAAGUUUUCUACAAAAGAGUCAUCUGAAUAGUCAUGCAAGGAUUCACACAGGAGAAAAAGCUUUCACAUGUACAGAGUGUGGAAAAUGUUUUAGACAAAAGAGUGAUCUAAAAACUCAUGAAAGGAUUCACACAGGAGAAAAGCCUUUCACAUGUACAGAGUGUGGGAAAUGUUUUACACAAAAGACUGAUCUAAAAACUCAUGAAAGGAUUCACACAGGAGAAAAACCUUUCACAUGUACAGAGUGUGGAAAAGAAUUUACAGUAAAAAGUAAUCUGAAAACUCAUGAAAGGAUUCACACAGGAGAAAAACCUUUCACAUAUUUAUAAAGUGGAAAAGGGUAUCCCAUGUCAGUCAGGUAUCACAAAACACCAAAUAUUUACUCACAAAACAAACUUUAUAUGCACUGUGUGAAAACCUUUUAAGAAUUAUCCUAAGGAAGACAAACUCUUUAAACAGAAGAGUCAACAAAGGAUCCUGUUGUUAAUAAUACUUUCUAAAUCCCAGUUACAAAAUCUCCAUAUUGGAAGUACUCUGCUGCUGUUCUUUGUGUCUAUAUAUGUGCACCUCAGUUUCUCUCAUAUCAAUGUGAUAGAAUCCAAACACCACACAGGAAUAUACAACUCUACCCUCAUACUGGCCAGUUUAUAGAAACAUUCACCACCAAAGCACCCCCAGUGUUGUUUGUUAAUAUGCCAGUGUUAGGAGUUGUAUGUUAUAUUUAGAGACUAAAGGAGCCUUUAUCUAAUAGAGUGUUAGAGAAUUGUAUAAACUAGAACAUCUGUCUCAAAUGAUUGACAUCUGGGAGAUAUAUUUAAUGUGCACAUCAGGUGGAUAAUCCUUUUCUUAUAGCAAUAGAUGCUUAGCAUUGUACAUGUUAUAUACCAGAGGAAUUACUGAGGGGAAACUGAUUUUAUUUAACGAGACACAAUGGGCUAGAUUACAAGGGGGGUGCUAAUUUGCCCGUUUGCUGGUGCGCAAUAAAUAAUAAGCCAUUACAAGUGGCUGACUUUUUUCUGCGGGAGCUGCACACAGUACACAGAAGGAUGAUGUCAUUCUUGACUCGUAGCAGCAGGGGAGGAGUGAAUAUGCUAGCCCGAUG